UAUCGAUGUAGGCGCAAACCACUAAUUGAGUAGCUAGCUAUGGCGAACCAUGAAGAAGCAAAGCUCGAAACUUUCGUGCAGUGGCUACAGGCAAAUGGGGUGGAUCUUCGAGGUUGCAAUAUCAAGUACAGUGAUUCCAGAAAAGGGUUUGGCAUCUUUUCUGAUAAAGAUAUUUCUGAUGGGGUUCUGUUGGUUGUUCCACUAGAUUUAGCAAUAACUCCAAUGAGGGUGUUGCAAGAUCCUCUUCUAGGACCAGAAUGUAGAGCAUUGUUUGAAGAAGGAGAUGUAGAUGACAGGUUCUUAAUGAUGUUGUUACUGACUGUGGAGCGUUUGCGUAAGAAUUCUCUAUGGAAGCCGUACCUUGAUAUGCUUCCAACCACUUUUGGAAAUCCACUUUGGUUUAGUGAUGAUGAACUUAUAGAGCUAAGAGGAACGACAUUAUAUCGUGCAACUGAAUUGCAGAAGAAAAGCCUGCUGUCUUUGUAUGAAACUAAAGCGAAGCAUUUAGUGAAGAAACUUUUGACUCAGGAUGGAGAUUCAGAGAUUGAGGUGUGCUUUGAAGAUUUCCUUUGGGCGAAUUCAGUAUUUUGGAGCCGUGCUUUGAACAUUCCAUUGCCUCGUUCUUAUGUAUUUCCAAAAAUGCAAGAAGGUGAUGACAGUUGCAUUCUAGAAGCUAAUGAAAAAAGUAGUGAGGUUAAAAAAUCUGACAAUCUAACCAAGGAAAUGACAUGUAACACAGUGCAAGGAGACACUGUUUGGGUAGAGGGUCUUGUCCCUGGCAUUGACUUUUGCAACCAUGAUUUGAAGCCAAUAGCAACAUGGGAAGUUGACGGAACUGGUUUAACAACAGGAGUUCCUUUCUCCAUGUAUCUUCUUUCUGCUGCUCAAAGUCCCUUGCAGAUUGAUCGAGAAAUUUCCAUCAGUUAUGGCAACAAGGGAAAUGAGGAACUUCUAUAUCUAUACGGUUUUGUCAUUGAUGAUAACACAGAUGACUAUCUCAUGGUACACUAUCCAGCAGAAGCAAUUAAUACUAUUUCUUUUUCAGAGUCCAAAAGCCAGCUUCUUGAAGUGCAGAAAGCUGAAAUGAGAUGUCUUUUACCCAAAACUUUGCUGGAUCAUGGAUUUUUUCCUUUAGGGACCCAAAACAGUGGAGAAAAUAACAAAGGCAAGGUGGAUCAAGUUUGCAACUAUAGUUGGAGUGGUCAGCGCAAGAUGCCAUCUUAUGUGAACAAGCUGGUUUUUCCUGAGAAAUUUAUGACUACCUUGAGGACCAUAGCCAUGCAAGAAGAUGAGCUUUUCAAGGUUUCCUCAAUGCUGGAAGAGCUUGUUGGACCUGAAGGGCAGAGACAACUAUCAGAUACAGAUGUCCAAUCAGCAAUAUGGGAGGUUUGCGGUGAUUCCGGAGCUUUACAAUUGCUUGUUGAUCUUCUCAAUGUGAAGUUGAUGGAUCUUGAAGAGAGUUCCGGAACAGAGGAAAGUGACCUUGAUUUGCUCAAGAAGGCCCUUAUUAUUGAUAGCCAGGAAGAUAGCAAACAGUGCAUGAGCAAUUUAAGCACAGUGACAAAUGACUCAGAGGAGUCAAAGUUGAUGACUAGAAACAAGUGGUCUGCUAUAGUAUAUCGGCGAGGCCAAAAGCAGCUAACUCGAUUAUUCUUGAAAGAAGCAGAACAUGCUCUGCAGUUAUCACUGAACGAAGAAGAGGUGACUGUUCCUUGAUAGGCAUGUUACACUGUAUAUUAUAGUCCUGUUCCUGUUCCCUGAUCUUUAUCCAAUAAUUUUUUUGUAGAGGUUUGGGUCAUAAUUACUAUAGAUCUUUAAGUCAAAUCUCUCUCAUUUGUGCACUUGCAACUAGAGUUAAGAGUUUACCCAUUAUCAUUUCUGUUCUAGACCUUAAUCAUUUUUGUCAGUUUUACAUGAUUAUUGGAAGUUUAUGUGGAAAGCC